AUGCCGUCCCCUCUCCAAACAAAUGCCACUACAAAGGUCUGCUUCGUCACUGUGGGUGCUACAGCUUCUUUUCAUCUUCUUCUACAGUCAGUACUGUCAGAUCAGUGUCUGCUGGCAUUACAGAAACUAGGGUUCACCCACCUACUUGUGCAAUAUGGCAAGGACGGCCAGGCUCUUUGGGAUGAGUUCCAGAACAGAUGCCCUCCUGAUAGUGAAAGCCGACAUGGGCUUGAAAUCGCCGGAUUCGACUUCAACCAGGCUGGAUUAGACGAGGAGAUGGGUUUGGCUCGAGCUGAUCCGUCUGAGGGUCGAGUCGGGGGAUUAAUCAUCAGCCACGCUGGAUCGGGAAGUAUUCUUGGAGCAUUACGGCUUGGUGUGCCGCUUGUUGUUGUACCGAACCCAACCCUGAAGGAUAAUCACCAGGAAGAACUGGCACAAGAACUGCAGAAGCAGGGAUACGUUGUCGCCAGCAAUUACUGGGAAAUUUCGAGUGCACUCGCUCGUGCAGAAAAGCUGCGAGCUCAGAUGCUGGCUUGGCCGCCUGUGUGUGGAAUUGAAGCCGCCUUUGGGUCUUUAUCACUAGCACCGGUCGAAUCCACUCUGCCGGGCGCAUUGAAAGCGAUACAUCUGUAA